AUGGGCAGCUACGGCGAGCCGCUGCUCGAGGAGAUGCACUCCCCGCCGUGGGAUCCCAAGUUGCCGCCGAAGCCAUGGACGGAGACACCGCUGAUUGAGUCGGAGCCGCUGUCGAGGCUGGCUGGAUGCCGCAUAUUCCUCAAACUCGAGAACCUGCAGCCGGGCGGCUCUUUCAAGUCACGCGCCAUGGGCAACCUGAUCCUCCACCACCUCUCCCGCCCUGCCAACCACAACAAAAACCUCCACUUCUUCAUCCCCUCCGGCGGCAACGCCGGCAUCGCCGCCGUCACCGCCGCCCGCGCCCUCGGCUACCCCUGCACCGUCGUCGUGCCCACCUACACCUCGCCCAUGAUGCUGCAGCGCCUGCAGGCCGCCGGUGCCAUCACCGUCCCGCACGGCGCCAACAUCGACGUCGCCGCCGCCCACAUGCGCGACGUGCUCAUGGCCCAGAUGCAGGGCGCCGUCGGCCCGGACGGCCGUGAGCUCGUCGCUGUCGAGCUGCACCCCUUCGACCACGAGGCUAUCUGGGAGGGCGUCAGCUCCAUGGUCGACGAGCUGGCCGUGCAGCUGCCCCCGGAUGCGAGCGGGCGUGCUUUCGCGGCCGACGCCGUCGUGUGCAGCGUCGGCGGCGGCGGGCUGAUGAAUGGCAUCAUGCUGGGGAUCGAGCGGCUGUUGCGCGGUGCUGGUGCUUCUGGUUCUGGUGCUGGUGCUGGUGAUGGUGACGACGGGGCCAGCCGCGACGUGCAGAUCCUCGCGCUGGAGACGCGGGGCGCGGAGUCGCUUGCGAAGGCGGUCGAGAAGCGCGCGCUGGUGUCGCUGCCCGGCGUGUCGUCAAUGGCCACGUCGCUGGCCGCCAUGCGCGUGGCGGAGCGCACGCUGCGCAACGUCCUCUUCCCCCCCGCCGGUAUGAGGGUGCGUAACUUUGUGAUGGACGAUGCGGAGGCCGCGAGGGGCGUGUUGCGCCUGGUCGAUGAGCAUCGCUUGCUGGUUGAGCUUGCCUGUGGGGUUUGUGCGGAGGGGGUGGUGGCGGGUGCAAAGCCUGGGGGGGAUGCGAAUGGUCAUGUCGAUGGCCAUGUGAAUGGGGGCCCUGUGGGCGGUGGUGGUGGUGGUGGUGGUGGUGCGCUGCCGUCGAGACUUGCGCAGGUCAUCCCGGGCUUCGGGCCGGAGACCCGUGUGGUUGUCGUUGUUUGUGGCGGGAGCAAUAUUACCCUUGAAGUGGCUGCGGAAUACCGAGAGCGGCUUAAUAACGGCUGGGGCGCUGAGAGCGGAUGA